AUGUCGACCACCGCUGCACCUGAAGUCACCCCAAAGACCAAGUUCCUACAGCAACCAAGCAUCUACAAACAUGAUGUUGAACAACUAUCGGCGGAUGGUUUGAACUUCGAUAAAUGGAAACGGGGACUCACCCGCGUUAUACUUCUCACUCUGGGGCAUGCAAAUUUUUUCGACAAAGCCGAGAACUACGCGAAACUCACGGCCCAAGAAAACACCUGCCUCCUCUUUCUCAUUCAAAUCACGAUCCACGACGAGUUGGCCUCUCUGGUUGAUCAAUACACCAAGGGCACAGAGGCUUACGACGCUGUCCAAACCAACUUCCAGGGAACGGUCAGAUUUAGACAGAUGGAACUUAUUGAUAAGUUACUUGAACUCCGCAUAUCGGGCCCAACGACCGAGCCGUCGCAAGUACCGGGUUUAUUUAAUAAGGUAUUCGAGAUCUUUACAGGCCUACAUAAAGUGGGAGCUGGCCUUCCCACGGUCGUUGAAAGCCUUAUCCUCCAAGCCAUAUCUCCAACCCCCGCAUCCAUGUCCAGAUCUCAACUCUUCCAGAACAUUUCCCUUCAACUCGGUUCCAAGAAGGACGUCUCCGCUCGUGAUAUCCAAACCAUCAUCACUUCGGCUUACGGCGAAAGCCUCCGAUUUGACUCAAACCAACCUACUUCGGUCUCAGUCUUCCGUACUUGGAAUCAACCCGCUUCCUCGCCAAACAACACGUGGACGAGCCGCAAUCCAGGCCAACAACGCAAUGCGAAUGUGACCUCUCAAUCGUCAUCCUACUCCCAGAACGCUCCUCGCCAAUCCAACAAUGGCAAUCAUGCCAGACCUCACCAACAAAACAUUGGUCGCCCUGGUCUGUCAGCCUCUGGGUAA